AUUUCCCCCACCACCCCCGGAGCAACCUGUCUGUGGGUCUCCCGUCACUUAGACCCCAAUUCUAAGCUGAUGUGAAACAGCCUCUCUCAGUGACAGCCUGCUCCGGCAGGGAGUCAGGAUCAGGUCCUUUCCUCGCGGUCACGACGUGGGAUCUUGCUGUGCGUAGAUUGACCCCCCAACCCAACCUUGCCCAUGAACGUUUUGCGACAGAAUAUUUCUCAAACCAAAGCUGCUUCUGGUAAACUGUCUGGUGAUGCGGAAUUUCUCCAGCACGGGUUGGGGCAGGAAUGGAGAUGAUCACUCCCCGGACCUGCCAGAAUGCUGGUGAGUUGAUGUCUGUGGCCCAAAGCCUUUCCCAGCCAGCAGAUUCUUACAUAAAUGAUCCAAACCUUGAAAUGAUGUGGGCUAUGAAAGCUUAUCAACAUGCUGAGAUUUAUUUCAAUCUCAUUUGUUCAGUUGACCCAACAUUUCUGAAACUGACCAGAGAAGACGAUCAAAUUUACACAGAGUUCAGGAAGCAGUUCAGGGACUUGAAAAUCGACGUACUGGAUCCAGCCAAGUUGAAGUCAGACGCGGCCAAACAACAAUGGCGCCCAUUCUGCCUGAAGUUUGAAACACUGGUCGAAGACUUCAACUACGGCACGCUUCUGCGGCUGGACUGCUCAAAAGAUUACGUGGAGGAAAACACGAUAUUCGCUACCAGGAUCCAAUUCUUCGCCAUUGAAAUAGCCCGGAAUCGGGAGGGCUACAACACCAUGGUCUAUGAAAGAUCAACAAAAGCCAAGACUGCUCAUGCUGAUGACAAGGUGACUGAAGUCUCCACUGAGCAAGAACCACCACUGGCCCAGCCAGCAGGGUUAGCUGGGGAAGAAAACGCUGCACAUUCAUAGCAGAUUAGAGGGACACACUGGAGUGGCUGCAUCAUAUUCUGCUUGUCAAGAAGUGGGACCGCUCCAGCUCACAGAAUUUAAGCCAGAGCUCCAUGUAUGAAAGCUUCAGUAUAAAACCAGACAAGUGCUCUUGGAGGCACCUGGACAAAUACGGACAACUCAGUCUUAAGACUCUUUAUCCCAGAAUGGUUCUAUGUUGCCAAGUUUAAUCAAACAUGGUCCGGUUACAGGUUUUGCAAAGACUAUUUAAUCAGCUUCAAACUUCUCUCUGAUGCCAUGGAAAAGGCAUCCCGUGGAAUGCAAAGAGACAGAUGAACACAGAUUGAGAGACACCACAUGAUUAUUAAUAUCGCUAUACACACUAGAAAAACAAGGACAGAGAAUUGAGUAAAGAAGCAAAGAGAGGGGAGGAUGUCUUGAUGUAUUUAAUCAGUUGCUUUUGGGUAGUACUAUCCAUGUAAUGCAAACCCCUCUGAAAAUUCAACGACCUGAGGCAAAACAAAUGGGAGAAGCAGCAAAU